AUGGUGACCUCACCCAAACGCUCGGCCAGCCCACUUCCCACGCGCGAACGCAUCCCAGUCGCACACAUCUCCGAGGUCGAGUUUGGUGAGCCGGAGAUUGCCGAGAACGACUAUUUGAGCCGACUGCCAGACGCCCUUGCUCAGCGCAUCCUUGCUUAUGUGGUUAAAUCUUCCGACGAUCCCAAGCUACAACUGUGCCGGUUCGUACCACGCAACUUUCGCUCGCUACCAAAAGCGUUGCCCAGUCUGCACAAAACAACUCUGCUCGCAUCUUUCCUCAUGCAUUGUGGUGGCACCGGGUCGUUGGCAUUUGAUACAAACAGGAUCGCCAUGGUCUCGCGUCAUUGGCGUCUACAAGCCAGCAAUCGGGAGCUGUGGGCUCCUCUCGUGCCACAACUGGCGUAUUUCGAUUCACCCAACCGCACGCUCCGCCAGGCCCACUCGAUGCCUUUUUUCUUCUCCCGUCUCAUCAACAUCUUACAUGCCAACAAUAGGCCUUUGGGUCGCGUCAAUCCCAACCUCAACAGCCCAGCCGCCACACCAUAUUUUGAGUUUUCAAGUUUGCUCGUCCCGGGCAAGGAGAACGGCUCAAGAACCCCGGCAACGCCCGCCCUUCCCCCCAACUCCUUGUCAGCCACCCUUGGAUUCACUCCAACGCCUUUGCGACGCCCACAGCGUCAGAUUGCCCCAAUCGUGCUCCACUCGGCACCCAUGGCCCCAGCGCGGGCGGAAUCACCAGCCUUGUCUGGCACAGCUACAGGAGCCUCGAAUCCGUCUGCCAUCCCAGCCUCUCCUGCAACGCCUCGCGCUCGUCAGCUACGGGAUUCCGGAUCCAGCCGCUCCGCCACCCGGCCGCACUCAGCAGCUGGCAGCCUGGCUCGGCAACGUCGUCGUUUGCAUCUCUCUUAA